AAUUCGGACUUUUCUCUUUAGGUAAAAGUUUCUAGCCACAAAAAGUUGUUUAGGUUUGGCAGAAGAAAAAGAAAAAAACAUGAGCGGGGACGAGAGUUUGGUGGAAGCGGCGCUCCGAGUUUUGAACACGGCGGACCCGUUCGAGAAGGCCCGAGUUGGCGACUCGGUGGCGGCUCAGUGGCUCGGAGGGGCCAUCACUCGCGCAUACGACGCUUCCGUGGACCUUCCCGUACCGGAUCGUCCUGCCAGGCUCAGCAACGUGAAGUUGGUGGCGCCGGGGCUGAUGCCGAAGCUGGGAAAAGGCGGGAGCUUGCAGAGCAGGCAGGCCAUAGUCCAUAGCCUCGCGCACACUGAGAGUUGGGCUAUUGACUUGUCUUGGGACAUAAUUGCUAGGUUUGGGAAGCAAGAGGCAAUGCCGAGUGAGUUCUUCACGGAUUUCGUAAAGGUGGCUCAGGACGAAGGUCGUCACUUCACUCUCCUCGCAGCUCGGCUUGAGGAGAUGGAUUCGUUCUAUGGAGCAUUGCCGGCUCACGACGGCCUCUGGGCCUCUGCCGCUGCCACUUCCAAAGACUUAACCGCACGCCUGGCUGUCGAGCAUUGCGUGCAUGAGGCAAGAGGGCUGGAUGUGCUGCCAACAACCAUCUCCCGGUUCCGAAAAGGAGGCGACGACACAACAGCUGAUUUGCUAGAGAGCGUGGUUUACCCUGAAGAAAUAACCCACUGUGCUGCUGGAGUGAAGUGGUUCAAGUAUCUUUGCAUGAGGCUGGUGACUGAUGAGGAAGAAGAUGAAGUGAUUAAAAAGUUUCAUGCCAUUGUGAGGACGUAUUUCAGGGGGCCUUUGAAGCCUCCUUUCAAUGAAGAGGCGAGGAAAGCUGCUGGGUUUGGGCCUCGCUGGUAUGAGCCUCUUGCUGUCAAAGAGCAGGGCACCAACCCUACCCAGCAUGAGGGAGCAUGAAGGGCAUGGCCAUCACCAUUCUUGAAGCAAUAAAAUAUCCUUUUCUUUUCUUUUUUCACGUGUGGUUUGAUAUCUUCAAAUUAGCGAGAUUAAGAAUUAAAAUACUAAUACAAUUGAAAAGAAAAAUGGAUCCAAUACAUAUACUAUUCGGUUGUA